AUGAGAGGCAUCCAGUUGACGCAGUACGUCAAGGCUCCCCAUGAGCUGCGAGUGACGGAGCUCCCCGACCCCAAGCCGGCACCUGACGAGUACCUCAUCGAGGUACAUGCAGCGGCUACGAACUUCUUUGACAUCCUGCAAAUCCAGGGCAAAUACCAGCACCAGCCUCCCUUCCCCUGGAUCUCGGGUGCCGAGUUCGCGGGUAUUGUGCUGGCCACGCCUGCCAACUCCAAGAACCCCAAGUUCCCCGUCGGCUCCCGCGUCUUCGGGGCCACGCAGGGCGCAUAUGCCACCAAGGCGGUCGCCAAGGAGACCAGCAUGCUCCCUGUCCCGAACGGGUGGAGUUUCAAAGAAGCCGCCGGCUUGUUCGUGACCGCGCCGACGAGCUACGGUGCCCUGGUGGUCCGCGCCGGCGUCAAGGCUGGCGACUACGUCCUGGUUCAUGCUGCCGCGGGAGGUGUCGGCCUCGCUGCUGUCCAAGUUGCCAAGGCAUUCGGCGCAACCGUCAUUGCUACGGCCGGUACCGAGCGGAAACGCGAGGUGGCCAAGUCGUUCGGCGCCGACCACGUCGUCGACUACCGGGACCCAAAGUGGCCCGAGAUGGUCAAGAAGCUGACGCCCAAGGGCAGGGGCGUCGACAUCGUCUACGACCCCGUGGGCAUGGUCGACAAGAGCACAAAGUGCACCGCCUGGAACGGGCGCAUCCUGAUUGUCGGGUUUGCCGCAGGCACCAUCGAGAAGGUGGCCAUGAACAAGGUGCUCCUCAAGAACAUCAGCCUGGUGGGCAUCCACUGGGGCCAGUAUGCCGUCCACGAGAAGGAGACGGUCGUCGCGGUCUGGCAGGGAAUCAUGAAGCUGAUCGCCGAGGGCAAGUUCCGGGGCACCGAAUUUACCGACAAGGAGUAUGUCGGGCUGGAAGCUGUUCCGGACGCACUCAAGGCGCUGGGAAGCCGAGAGACGUGGGGGAAGGUGGUUGUUUCGGUGCCGCAGCAGGUGACAAAGCAGCCCGUGCCCCACCCCCAAACCGCCAAGCUGUUCGCCUCAUAUUUCAGACGCACCCUCCGCUCCAGCGCUACCGGGCUCUCCGUAGCUGCUGCCGCAACGCUGUCGCAAAAGGGCACCUCGUUCUACCAGAGCGAAAUCCAGACAAUUGCCAAGCGGAGGAUGCACAGCAAAGUCGUUAUCAUCGGCUCCGGGCCGGCCGCCCACACCGCGGCCAUCUACCUUGCCCGCGCCGAACUGAAGCCCGUCCUCUACGAGGGCUUCAUGGCUAAUGGCAUCGCCGCGGGCGGCCAGCUGACGACGACCACCGAGGUCGAGAACUUCCCGGGCUUCCCGGAGGCCGUGACGGGCCAGGAGCUGAUGGACAAGAUGCGCAAGCAGUCGGAGCGCUUCGGCACCGUCAUCAUCAGCGAGACCGUGUCCAAGCUGGACCUGUCGAAGCGGCCGUUCGAGUACGCGACCGAGUGGGACCCGGACACGGUCCGGACGGCCGACGCCAUCAUCCUCGCCACCGGCGCGUCCGCCCGCCGGCUGGGCCUGCCCGGCGAGGACAAGUACUGGCAGAACGGCAUUUCGGCCUGCGCCGUGUGCGACGGCGCCGUGCCCAUCUUCCGCAACAAGCAUCUCGUCGUCAUCGGCGGCGGCGACUCGGCCGCCGAGGAGGCCAUGUUCCUGACAAAGUACGGCAGCCACGUGACGGUGCUCGUGCGCCGCGACCGCCUGCGCGCCAGCAACAUCAUGGCCAAGCGCCUGCUCAACCACAGCAAGAUCACCGUCCGCUUCAACACCGUCGGCGUCGAGGUCAAGGGCGACGAAAAGGGCCUCAUGAGCCACCUCGUCGUCCGCGACGUCGUCACCGGCAAGGAGGAGACCCUCGAGGCCAACGGCCUCUUCUACGCCAUCGGCCACGACCCGGCCACCAACCUGGUCAAGGGCCAGCUCGAGACGGACGCGGACGGCUACGUCGUCACCGUCCCCGGCUCCACGCUCACCAGCGUCAAAGGCGUCUUUGCGGCGGGCGAUGUCCAGGACAAGAGGUACCGUCAGGCGAUCACCAGUGCUGCUGUUCUCUCCGUUGACGAAUACGGAGCACUGUAA